AACAACAAAAAUACAGGCCCCCCAACCUCAAAAUUUGACAACACAACCCAUCAUCCACGCCUCAAGGUUGAUACAACAAAAAGAAAAGAAAAAUAAAGUCCUAAUUAGAGGGAGAGCAAUAAUUAUUUUUAUCCAAUUGCUGCCAGUUUAGAGGGCUAAUCUCUGCCCACUUGGUUGCCUAGCAACCAAGGGACAGCCAGGUUUCAGUUAGGGGACAGGCAGAUUUAGGCCUCACUUAGGCUUCUUCCACAGAUUAUCUAAUUUGCACUGGAUUAUAUGGCAGUGCAGACUCAAGGCCCUUCCACACAGCUAUAUAACCCAUUUAUAAUCUUAUAUUAUCUGCUUUGCACUGGAUUAUCUUGACUCCACACUACCAUAUAAUCCACUUCAGUGUGCAUUUUAUACAGCUGUGAAGAAGGGGCCUCAUAUAAUCCAGUUCUAAGCAGAUAAUUUAAGAUUAUCAAUAUACAGUAGAGUCUCACUUAUCCAACAUAAACACCCCGGCAGAAAGUUGGAAAAGCGAAUAUGUUGGAUAAUAAGAAGGGAUUCAGGAAAAGCCAAUUAAACAUCAAAUUAGGUAAUCGUUAUACAAAUUAAGCACCAAAACAUCAUAUUAUACAACAAAUUUGACAGAAAAAGUAGUUCCAUGCGCAGUAAUGCUAUGUAGUAUUUACAGUAGAGUCUCACUUAUCCAACACUCGCUUAUCCAACGUUCUGGAUUAUCCAACGCAUUUUUGUAGUCAAUGCUUUCAAUAUAUCGUGAUAUUUUGGUGCUAAAUUCAUAAAUACAGUAAUUACUAUAUAGCAUUACUGUGUACUGAACUACUUUUUCUGACAAAUUUGUUGUCUAACAUGAUGUUUUGGUGCUUAAUUUGUAAAAUCAUAACUUAAUUUGAUGUUUAAUAGGGUUAUCCUUAAUUCAUCAUUAUCCAACAUAUUCGCUUAUCCAACGUUCUGCCGGCCUGUUUAUGUUGGAUAAGUGAGACUCUACUGUACUGUAUUUACAAAUUUACCACUAAAAUAUCACAAUGAAUUUAAAACACUGACUACAAAAACAUUGAUUAUGAAAAGGCAGACUGUGUUGGAUAAUCCAGAACAUUGUAUAAGCGAAUGUUGGAUAAGUGAGAUUCUUCUUUAAUAUGAAAUAAUUACUGGGAUAGAAUAAUGCAGAACAAUAUAAUCUCUAAAACCAGGACAGUAAAUAAACAGGGGAAUUCCACACAGGAAACAAUCGGGGCCAGCUAACACCUCCCAACAAAGUAUUCCCAUCAUCAAAGUCUGGCAAAUCCUGUUUUCUCAGGGCCACAGACAGUAGAAGCACAUAAAAUAUCGCAAACAACACCACUCUGAAAACAAGGGAAUUCCAGACAGGAAACAAUCAGGGCCAGCUAACACCUCCCAACAAAGUAUUCCCAUCAUCAAAGUCUGGCAAAUCCUGUUUUCUCAGGGCCACAGACAGUAGAAGCACAUAAAAUAUCGCAAACAACACCACUCUGAAAACAAGGGAAUUCCAGACAGGAAACAAUCAGGGCCAGUUAACACCUCCCAACAAAAAAUUCACUCAGGGAGGAAACAGCCAGGCUUUAAAGCUGCAAGGCCAUUACAUCCUAAUCAUUUUUCCUAAUUGCAGCAUUCAUACUUGCCUCCAACAAACAAAAAAAACCAAUCAGAAAUAUUGUAUAUUCACAACCUUUAGGAAAUAAUAUCCCCUGAUGGCGCAGCGUGUUAAAGCGCUGAGCUGCUGAACUUCUGGACCGAAAGGCCACAGGUUUGAAUUGGGGGAGCGGAGAGAGCCCCCACUGUUAGCCCCAGCUUCUGCCAACCCAGAAGUUCGAAAACAUGCAAAUGUGAGUGCAUCAAUAGGUACUGCUCCGGCGGGAAGGUAACGCCGCUCCAUGUAGUCAUCCCACAUGACCUUGGAGGAGUCUACGGACAACGCCGGCUCUUCGGCUUAGAAAUGGAGAUGAGCACCAACCUCCAGAGUCAGACACGACUGGACUUAAUGUCUGGGGAAAGCCUUUACCCUUGACCUUAACUACCACCAAUUCCUCAAUACUUUAUUUCCCAUACCACCAGACUUCGCCACAGCAACGCGUGGCCGGGCACAGCUAGUAACAUAUAAAACAGCUCUGUAUUUAACCAAAACAAUACGUUUGAGAACCACAUAUGUGGGGCUGAUUGGUGUAAAUUGUGGGGGUGAUAAGGAAAUAUGAUGUAUACAUUCAGUUUUAUCAUAUUUAUUUACUGUAUUGUUAUGUGUCUUAUUUUAACUUUCUAUAUAGAGUGCAACCAAGUCCUAUCAAACCCUGUUGUUUGGCUUGGUAUUGUGAUAUGGCCUAAUCUACUAUCCCCAAAUAACGCCGUAGAAGUUAAAAAAAAACUUACUCGGUCGCCAUUAUCUGCUUCCUCACACCUUCCUGGUAUGAGAAAAUGACAUGUCAGGAGACUGGAGGGGUGUGUGUAUGUGUGUGUGUGAGGAGGAACCCAAAAAACUGAGGUGGCCAUGUGAAUUGGGCCCGAGGAUCGCAAUAGAACCUAUUGGAAAGGUGACACUGAUGAGGAACUGAAAAAUAUGGAUUUUUAGACAUAUAUUAUAUGCACAUUAGAAGCAGUAAAAUGUAGAAAAAUCAGACUCUCUCUUUGUUAAAUUUUAGGGAUGCACAAGCUGACAGGACAAGCUGGGAGAAGGGGGGGCAGUUUUCUAUACAUUCCAGUGUGAAUUGGUUCCUAGUACAGCUUGACAGGUCAAGAGUGGCCUCUUGAUGGAUCUCUCUUUUGGUGUCUGUGACUUGCUACACGCUUUUAAGAGUACUUAAGAUAGGAAAAUGCUGAUUGUGCAUAUUUAUGUCCAUGUAUGUAAGCAUGUGAAGUGACGUACUAAUGACGAGAGGUAUGUAGAAACAUGUUCUUUGUCUGAAAAUGUAUAAAAGGCAAGUCAACGCCUUGAUCGUCUCUCUGGUUUGCUUUUUGGAAGAGAUUCCACUUCCAGGGACUCAGCUGAAAUAAUAAACCAGACUUUUUGCCCUCUCAAAAGGAUCUCUGUUUGCGUUAUCUCUCCCUUCAUCUACAACAACACCAGGGCAUAAAACAUGGAAGGACAAAUUAACUCUGAUUCUAUGUGGCAACUUGCAAAACAUAUGAUAAUGCCAAGUGUAGUGCACAGAUUAAAGAUUCCACACACUUUUAACAAGAAAAACAAGGGUUUUUUUUCUAGCAGCAUAAUACGAAAUUGUGAUUGACAGCCAUCUUGUUAACUGAAUGGUUUCACCAAUUCAAAAAGGGAAAAAACAUUUGCAACAGGAAGGCUUGGCAUAUAAUAUCCUAUCAUUAGUAAUGUGCCUGGACUUCCUGAACCCUUUUGGUAUAAAAAUGUUCAAUAUUGUCUUCUUACCAUCCACUGCAACCACAUUGAUUCAGCCCAUUGGCCAGGCCAUGUAGAACAACCACGUAUCUGUGCACUGUGUAGCAGCAGUUGAUACAGAUUCUAAUGUGGAUAUAAUGCAGUGCAAAAAAACUUUCACAAUUGUUGAUGUAGUAACAUUGAUCAAAACUGCAAUGGAUGAAUUAAAUCCACAAAUCCACAAAUUAUGGGGUGGUGUUGUGGAGGAUUUACAUUUCCUCCUGGGAGUCAAUGCAGAAGGCAAGACACUUGCUGGAGAACGAAGCUGGAUGAGGAAGUGGAAAAACAUCCUACCAUCAACAUCAUCUGCUUCCAACAUUGAUAUUGAAUCAUUCUCCUGGUGCUACAAUCCAGGAUGCUGCUCUUUCCUCUUCUGACAAGAAGAUCUCUGUGUUAGACAUCUUCAGUGGCUACAAAGCCAUUGUCAUUCGUUUUAAAUAAGAAAAAUAAGGUUCCACAUGAUAUAUGAAAAUUGAAUUAUGCAAAGGGUUUGGGAAUUAACCCUCUGCAUAAUAUGUGGACCUACUGUAAUUUUAAAGCACCCUCUACUGCCCAGUCUGUAAAGAUCUUAAUUUUUGUUUGCCAGACUUCAAACAUGUUUUGGAAAAUAUCCCCAGUGAUGUUAAAAUCAUAACAGAUUUUAAUCUUUUAGUCUUACUGAUAAACAGGAAUGAUGCCUGAAUGAUUAUUUGUACAUAUUAAUCAUUUGUUUACUCACGUCUUUUCUCUUUUGUAGACUCCCAAACUAUCAACAAGGACCAUACCUUGGAGUAGGAAUGUGACUUUUUCGUUUGUGUCAUGCAUGCAGUCACUGUUGCUCUGAAAACCAACAAACACUGGAAAUAUAUGUAACCCUUGUUCCAUUAUCUCUGGGAUCUUCAAAGAGAUUUUUGAGGCUUUCCCCUUCUAGUUGGUAUAAUAUGGCCCCCUUCGCAGUCUCUAACAGUUGGAAUUUCAAUGAGGAAUGGUGGGACCCAAGGUAGCAAAGGUAAAGGUUUUCCCCUAACAUUAAGUCUACUCAUGUCCGACUCUGGGGGUUGGUGCUCAUCUCCAUUUCUACCGUAAGUCAAAGAGCCGACAUUACCUUCCUGCCGGAGCGGUACCUAUCUAUCUACUCACAUUUGCAUGUUUUCGAACUGCUAAGUUGGCAGAAGCUGGGGCUAACAGUGGGAGCUCACUCCCUGGAUUCAAACUGGUGACCUUUCGUCAGCAAGUUCAGCAGCUCAGUGGUUUAACCCACUGCACCACUGAGACCCAAGGUAGAAGCCCAAAAUUGGCGAAGUCAAAGUUACUGGAUUGAAAUGUUUCAAGCAGAAAUGGAGUGCAAAGAGGCUGGAACAGAACAGGAUAAGCAAAGCACGGUGAGAAUUUUGCCUCGGAAAUAACAGCUGGUUACAAUAACACUUGUUUGGCAGCGCUGGUGGUAAUUAAAAAAAGUAGAUUGGGAGCUCAACCCUUCUGAUGCAGGUGUCCAAGACAGAGACUAUGAUAUUAUUCUCAUUCCAGCACAUCACAAGAUUUUGGUGGGGAUUCUGGUCCAAAUAGAGCAUUGCUGCACAACAUCCAAAAUGGCAGUGAAACUGGUGUCUGAAGAGCUGCAUUGAUAGAAGAAGCCUAUCUGUGAGUGACCAAGGGGAGGUGCUGCUCUACCCAGCUUCCUGGUGAAGUUAAUAUUUAGUAGACAUUGUGAACAUAUGCUGGAUCCUUUUCCUGUCUGUAGUAGGUGCUUGCCUUUUCUCUGGUCAGCAUGGGCUUGAUUAUAUCUUUGUGUAAAAGGGAGAAGCCUGGUACUAUGGCCUACAACUGCCGGGAAGCAGAACAAGUGUAUAGCCAACAGCUGCUGAAGAAGCCUCCCAAACCUAUUGAGAAAGCAGACAUCUGUAUAGUGCCCGUAAUGCGGCAGGAAGACGCAAAACAACCAGAGGCUGAAGUAGAGGCUCUGCCAGAAACUAUUUGGACCGAUUGCUUGGGAAAGACAUGCCAUAUGACUCCAACUUUAUACAGGACCCUGAGGAACCAGCAAAACCAAAUCAGCUUUGUUGAUCGAAGUGAACGAUUUGCUCUCCCUGCUAUGCCUGCGCAGCACAGGCCUUUCCCUGCUCUGAAGACUGGAAAUUCUUGUGCUCAGGAUGUGCAGCCCACUGGUCAAAAGGCCUAUUCUGUUUCUUGGCCCAAGGGCCCUUUAUCAGAAAUUGCCCCACAAUGCCAAGGCAGGCUGAUUUCCAAGGCAAGCCCAGAGGACGCUCACAGUCGCCGACACAUCUUAAAGAGCCUGGUAAGGCUCUCCAUGGCUGCACUUGCUGAACAAGUCCCUGGAGGACAGUUAAGCAUCGAAUCAGCCCCUGUACAGCAAAUCUCGCAGCUGCUGUCUCUUCUGCAUCAGGGCCAAGUGCAGCCUAAACCCAAUCACCGAGGGAAUAAAUACACUGCCAAACACGUCUGUUGUAGGAACCCUCAUCCAGAUGUGGAGCACCUCAUAACUAAGGAGAACAAUGAAAAUAGGCAUCAUGACCUGGAACUGCUAGGAGAAGAACUUGGGAACCUUUUAGAUUGUCCAUCAGGGCUUGGCCUGGACCAGCAGACUGAAGCAGACCCAGCAUGGAUGAGCAGGCUAUCCAUUCCUCUCUCAGUUGACUACAAGGACAAUGUUGUCUCCCCCAGUGCUCUAUUGUUUCCAGUGAGUCAGGAAACCACAAACAGAGAUGAAUCUCACACUUUUGAGACCUUUGGCAAAGCAAAAGGAUGUAAAUUGAACACAGCAGAGCCUAGGCUGGCAAGCACCUUCCUCUCUGAAAUGGGCACUCUGUUUGAGAUUAUUUUGGCUCAGAAUCCCAGACCCGAAACUGAUUCAUCAUUGGGCUUCUUGCAGCAAGUGUCAAUUUGUAACAAAACGCAAAACCUGGAUAGAGAUGCUUUGGGAGCUAAGAGUAACAGGCCUUUGGGCCAUAGAAUAACUUGAAAAGUUUUCAGUACAAAGGUGUCUCUAUGUCCCCUAGCUGCAGCAGCAAAGAUGUGUGAACAAAAGUGCAUGCACCUGCAUGAAAAGAAGCACAUGGAACAGCCUUAAGACAAGGUCCUAUAUGUACCAAAUCUUUUGCUUUCCAGGUACUAUCAGCUAGUCUGCCAACCUUAAGAAAUAGUUUCUUAACAUGGAAUGAAAAUUGCAGAGAUUCGAAUUUCAUUUCUUCACAAAACCAGGCUAUAAGAAAAUUUGUGUGGUAGGGUCUAGCUAUUGCUAAUAUGGAUGGAAUAAUGAAAGGCAAUUUGGAGUACAGGGAUAUUUUCUCCUCAAAACCUUUCUGAUUAAGAUGUUGGGAUGGGAGCAGGACUCUAAGGCAGUACCUAAGUUUGACUGUCUUGUCUUUAUCACUUUCAGCCUCCAGUAGAAACUCCCAACAUAUUUUGUUUGGUUUUUUAAUAACAAAUAUGACAUUUGCAGGAAUCAUAAUUUUGCUCCUAAACUCAAUACUUGUUUUUAUUCCAGAAGAUUGACACUGCUGGUGAGAGAAGAGAUUUUAAUACCACCUUAGAUGUUGCAAACCUAUAUACUGUAGUCAACUUUGGGCUGAUGACUUGGACAAUUAUUGGCACCAUUCUAAAUUUUCUCGUUUCAAAAACAUAGGCAAGAACUAGAUUUUUUGCCAUAUAAAUCCCUUCCUAGUAUCAAAAGUUCAACGGCUUUUGUAAUGCACUCUGGACUGCAGGACCAGUACACAGUAGCUUAGCAUUAGCUUUUUAAAAUUAUUAUUAUACCCAUUGCCUACCUUACAUGGGUCCUAUCCAUAUCCAACAAUACUUCAGCACCAUGUUUUGAGAAUCUUCAUAUUGGACUUUGUAUCAGACAUGGAUUUUAGCUUAGAAACCAAAUCAUUUAUUACAUUCUGUAAUCUUCAUCUUAACAAAGAUAUAGUCAUUGUCUGAUUACUGCUGAAAAGAGACUUGAUUGUCCGCUUCCAUCUGAAUAAAUAUUACCUUAGAUUCAUCA